GCUCCUCCACCAUGGCAGAAGCCCCCGCGCAAUACAAGAAGAAAGACGGAAAAAUCACUGUCUCCGCAGAUGGUCGCAAGGUCUCGUGGAAAUCGAAUGGUGGAGACCUGUCCGUAGUCAUCGACAUUGCAGAAGUCACCAAUCUUCAGCAGACGCCGGCUACAUCCGCAAAAGCCUCGACCAAGAUCGUCGUUCAGAGACCUGACCAGACCGAGAACCAUACCUUCACCUUUUCAUCCGCCGCAGCUCGCGAAGACCAACAAUCAAUAACCGGACUGCUGCGCAAAUGUAUAGAAGAGUCCAAGGCAAAGGAGGCUGCCGCCUCCGUCGUAAUUGCUACACCGGCUGCUGCCACGCCUGCACCGGACAAUGGCGGUGCGUCGGCCUCCAUGACGAUCGCACAAACCUUAGUAAACGCGCCACAGGACGAUGAUUCGUACAACAACACGAAACUGUUGGAAGACAUCCCGCUUCAAAGAUCCUUGCUGAACUCGAACCCUGCGCUUCGCCAGCGCUUCGACCAGGCUCUUCGCGAUAAGCCUGAGUCAAUAUCCAUAAUACAGUUCUCUAACCAGUUCUGGGCUACAAGAGUGCAUCUUCUAAGAUCCCAUGCUGUUGAAAAUACCCAGGGCACGGGAACAUACAACGUCCUGUCGGUCGUAAAGCCUUUCAUGGACAAGGAUGGGAAAGAAAAACUGAACAUUAGCAAAGAGCAGAUUGUGCUGAUUUUCUCCCAAUACCCGCUGAUCAGGAAGGUUUACAACGAGAAUGUGCCACCACUGACCGAGCCAGAUUUCUGGUCACGGUUCUUCCACAGCCGGCUCCUCAAGAAACUGAAGGGAGAGAAAAUCAAAGACGACAUUGAUCCCACGGACCCUAAACUGGAUAAAUAUCUCAAUUUCAAUGAGUCCGCCAAUGACGGGCCCCAGUUUCUCAUCGAUUCAGUUCCUCGUUUCCUUGACGUUGAAGGUAACGAACAAAAUCACAGUCAACGGCUUGGUAACAGACCGCAUGCAAACAUGCGACCAUCUUCGAACGAAAAGGAGCCGAUCCUGCGAAUACUCAAUCGCAUGAGUGAAAAGCUCAUGGCUUCGGUGCCGCCUUCCGAUGGCAGGGGUCGUCAUGGGCCCGUAGGAUUGGAUGAAGAGACGUACAAUGAACUGCGGCUCCACGAUCUACAACGCGCAUCCGACGACAAUCGUGUCUUGCUCAAGCUUCAGGAUCAGGAUAAAUUCUUCUCUGCUGGACAAGGCGUACAUACAUCCAGUAGUGCCGCAAUGUACACAAAACGCACGCCCGCUCAGGUGUUGUCGAGUAUUCAACAAGAGUUUCGCAGUAUCAAUGGGAGCCGGGCCCAGAACGGUGGAAUUAACUUACGUUCCGUAGCCGGCGUAGAAGAUGAGAGCAGCAGUGAAGAAGAGUCGGACGCGAAGAAGAAGAAGCCCAAGGUCGGGAGCAGGUCCUCGCGCACUGGUGCUACUUCACAGAUUCUCAAAGCGAUACGACAACGCCAGCGGCACGGCGACGAUCAUGUCUCGCCUCAAGCCACCGUGUCUAGCGAACAGGCACGCCAGCUGAGCGUCCCCGAGCAAGUCUUAGACAACCUCGCCAUAACGCACAACACGACCGUCGAAUUCUUGCACUACUUCUGGGCAGUGUACUACUCGGGCGACGCAGAGCGCGCCAACGAAGUCGCCAAGCUCGUCGAGACGCUGGAUAAAUCCCUCGACAGAAUCAAGGCCAUCGCCGACACCGCAGAAGCUGAGCGCAUAUCCCGCGUCCAACGGAGGGUGCAGGAAAACGACGAAUAUACGGCCCGCACAGGCCGCAAGCGCAAGUUCGACGCCAACAGCAUCAAAGGCGGGUCCAAGGCUGUGUACGGGCUCGUGGAACCACUCGUCCGUGCUAUCAAUGCCGCAAGACAGCAGUAUCGGAUCGCGCUGCAGGAACAGCUAGCUCAGGCCCAGAAAGUAGGCGCGUCGUGAUGGGCAGAGAGCUGCGGUUGCGAUAAUUCAGCUCGGCUACUGGCACCCGGAUAUCGUGCCGGUUACUCGAGUGCUGGCCUGGAUUGGAUUGGCGUAGAAGCGGAGAAGAGUCCGCGAGCGGUAGUAGGGCCAGACAUGUGACCGGUGGGGCUCUCCGGCUGGCUAUGGCUGAAUGGAGGUGAGCGUCGGGGACGGCCGUCACCGUCUAGGAAUCUUUUCUACUUUCAAUGCAUAGCGGAGGCGUCUGGAUUGCUUUGCCUGUCUUCCUUAGACAUUUUAGAUCCCAUGCUCAGGUUACUCAAGGCCAUGGGUUUGUGUUCAUACCCGUUAUGGCGACCGAUCCCGUCUAUCAUCUACUGAUACUGCCACUGACUGCACCAUUUGUUCGCCUGCGCAUGUAGAUGUUCUAUGAU